AUGAAAAAAAAGUUAAUCCAACUCUCUUCUCCAAGUCGCCCCCAACCUCUUCCUCUCCUCUCUCAUCACCACCAUCCCUCCAAGCCAUCCCCCACUUUAGCGGAACAAACACUAGCCCAUCACCGCAUCCCACCCAACCUCCCGUUCCUCUCCUGUAACCAAGCCCUCUUCCAAGUCUCACGUCGAGAGUCCUGCCCUCCUUCAGGUAAUCCGAAGAUGGCAUGGAGGCAAAUAUUAUUCAGCACAAGAGCUAUUUUGGAACCAUAUUCAACAACCGGGUCUGCCAAAUUCUCCACCAAAUCAAACCCAUACCUAGUGAAGGUUGGAAUACCAGAGUUUCUGAAUGGAAUUGGCAAUGGUGUGGAAUCCCAUGUGUCCAAGCUUGAAUCUGAGAUUGGUGAUUUCCAAAAGCUGCUUGUCACUCGUACUCUCAAGCUGAAGAAACUUGGCAUCCCUUGCAAACACAGGAAGCUGAUCUUGAAAUACACCCACAAGUAUAGACUAGGACUCUGGAGGCCUCGAGCUCAAGCGGUCAAAUCCUAG